AGCACAUUUUUUAUGCAUACUCAAAUCCCCCUGCCGCACUGUCGUCAACCAAGUGUGAUCGAUGAUCGUAAUAAAGGAACUGUUUAACUCCUUAUUAAAAGGGGUUAGGGACGAGCAGUUUCUGAAUUCUUUUUUUGUAGACGAGAAAUUAAUUAUUCAACCAACCCUUACACGCAUCUUCCAACUUUUCAAACGAAGUUUACAAGGGAGGACGCUCGACCCUUUUACCGUCAGUCUGUUGCGAACCUUCGAAGAGAUAAAAUGGAAAGGGAUAGCAUAGAAGAACUUGGAAUUGCAAACGUUCGGAGAUCAUUUAAUUGGAGUUCAAAUUUCUUGAAGUGCAUGGGAAUUUGGCCACUGAAGAACUACCUUCCGCUAUUUCUCUUCUUCUUCACAUAUCUUUUCAUUCAUUGUUCUCUAACACUCGCUCAUUUACUUCUAGCUCCAAAAACUGCGGAAAACAUUUUAUCUAAUUUAUCAGAGAAUAUUGAACUAACGAUGACACUUACGAAAGUAGCAAUCACUAGACUGAAGCGAGAAGCGUUACGUAAAUUAUUUACCGAGAUCAAGCAAUUUUCACUCACUGAGAAAUAUGAAACUAAACAGGAGAAAUUGACAUUUUUGAAUUAUACGAAAUUACCUCUAUAUUUUCUUGUAAUAAUUGCUUUUUCAAUGGGAUUGGCCGAAGUAUUGUAUUAUGUGAGUCGAGUAGUCGAUGGAUUUCAAACUGCAAAGCAGAACAGUUCCAUUGGUUAUAAGUUACCGUACAAAACAUUAGAAAUCAUGGAUUUGAAAGACAGCAGAACUUACGCUUUGAUUUGUGCUUAUCAAAUAUUAUUCGUACCUUGUGUGGUAUUAGGUUACGUAGGAUUCGAUUAUAUGUUCGUCAAUUUAUCUAUUCAAGUAAUUGCACAAUUUGCUAUAUUGUCCUAUAAGGUGAAGAUAAUAUUAGAUAAUUCUAAAAAUUGUCAUGAUGGUAUGAAAGAACUUGUACUACGACAUUAUCGAUUGAUAAGAUUGACGGAAGAAUUGGAAAAUAACUUUAAUAUCCCGAUCAUGCAGCAACUGAUGGGUUCCACCAUGCAUAUAUGUAUUUCCGGUUACUACGUACUGACGAGUAGCAAUUUUGGAAAAGCCAUUUACGAUUACGAAUGGUAUAACUUACCGGCAACGGAGGCAAGAUUUUUUCUAAUUUGUAUGAUACGAACACAAAAACCGCAAUGUCUAACGUCCGGUAAAUUUGCUAUCUUAUCCUUGACCAACUUUACAGACAUUCUCAAAACUUCGAUGGGAUAUUUGUCAGUACUGAGAACAUUUGUGUGA